GUGACACACACAUCGGACAAAAAUGCUCAGCGCAGAUCCAGGUAUGAGGGUACUCCAAGGGCCCAAGCCACGAGGCGUUAUACCGUCCCACUUCAGAGCUUUCAACAAACUUCUACCAUAUAUCGCAAAUCAAGGCUACUUGACAUGUCUGUCGCAGAAUCCUCCGAACCUGAUGUCUUGGAGUAUAUCAUCACCCACAUAUUUUGUCCCAUCACAUUACCGCAGAACAGUGAUUAUACUCCCGACAACGAUCGCUCCCUCCUUGAUGUCGUGAUGGGCUCGGCUCGCAAAUUUGCGAGUUCUUUGCUCCACGACGAUCAGGUGCAGUGGAGUCCUUUGUUGAAGAUGCUGGAGAGUCUUGUUGUUGCAAUGACUUCUCCUUCCCUGACCGAGACCAAGGACGUCGCUGAGUCUCAGAUCGAAUCCAUGCAAGCAGGAGAUAUUCUUGCAUAUUUAAUUCGAGCACAAAAUGCUGCUGUCGUACUUCGUAGGCUCGACACGAAAACUAUCUUUGAAUCCUUCGAAGUUUCACCACCGGCGACUGCUGUCAUGGCGGCAAAGGGAAAGCUCCUGUGUUCGUAUCCAGGACCCGCAAUUGCCGUCCCAAAUGCAGUCAUGGAUGACCCUACCUUUCCUCCCGAAUUGGCGAACUUUCUCUCGCACAUGAGCUUUGAUGUGUUGGAUUCCAUAGUCCACAAAAGAGAGACCGCACAUCCUCGCUAUAUCACCCAGCUUCUUACCAACAUUCUUCGCGCAUUUGGCGAACCGGCUGAUAUUCCUCGCAUUCGAAAACGCAUAGGCGAUGAUGUCUUACAGUCCGACGCCACGCUUCCUUGGCGAAGAUCAUCCCUCUGGCUUGUCAUAAGGGUUGUAUUACAGACAUCUCUCGAGCGCACCAGCCUUGGGCGAAACGGUUACAAGGCUUUCAUGGCUUCGCUCAUGAUGGACCUUGUGUCCAAAGCUCUUGAGGGGGAUAUGUCGAGCGAUCUGCUCUACUUCAUGUCCACUAAGAUUAGUCGCCGCUUGAUCAAGCUUCAGGCUGAAGACGAAUUCUUAGCGAUCGCGAUGCAUAAAGCUACUCAAGAUAUCAAAGACCGACUGGAGCUGCGCUGGAAGACUGUUCAGGCAGCUCAGACAGCUCAGACAGCUCAGACAGCUCAGACAGCUCCCUAUCAUUGGGAUGCCUCGAAGGUAGAUAUAAUCAGAGACACCAGGCUUUCUUUGACCAAAAGCGAGGAGUAUAUCACCUCUGUCUUACGUCCUACCCAUGACCAACCCACUGUGCCAGAAUUUCAGCCUCAACAUCGCCCACGGGGUAAUAUUGACAACUUCAUUGGUCCUGACGCCAACUUCUUCGAGAGCACUUAUGCCAAGGACCCCUUUGUAGGACUUUCGGAUUUCGAAUGUGCCAUCCAGCAGGACAUUGAUGGCUGGGUGAAUCGUGUCAUUAACCUCGAUGCUGCUUGCAUUGACGCCGCUUGCCUGACCAUUCAAGCGCGCGCGGAAAGUUAUUUCGCUAGAGCGCAACCGUCCUAUUCCGGAAAUCCAGAGAAUAUAUCCAUCAUGCUGCUCACGCUGUUCGAACUCUGGGUCGCGCUUGAUCGGCUGGUUGUCAAAUCAAUCCCUCUCCUCAUGGAGUACUCUCCGGAGGUCCCAGUUUCCAUUUUCAACCGCCUUCUCCUACAAAAAGCUGCCGCCAUAGAACGACUCAGAAUUCUUCAACAGUAUGUUGCUAGGCGUCGCACCCGCAGUGCGCGUUCGGUCUUCUCGGAUGGGGCGGACGCAGACACGUUCGCAGUUCGUUAUUAUCACCAAUCUGAGGAGCUGCAGUCCUGCAAGCAGCGCAUUGAAGACGAUGCGGAUACAGAGCGGAGAGGACGAAUUGCAGAUCUUCGCGACAAAAGCGACAGGUACCGGCGUCUCACAAAUGAAGUUGACGCUCUCACGUGCAGCUACUACACGAACCGAUGGGGUGGGCACCAGCAUUCCAGGUAUUGCAGCAGGUGCGACAAGCAGCAGGAGAGGGAUAGCCUUUCUGUAGAAGUUCAUGAAUGGCCACUUCCCGGCUCUGCCUACGAUGUAGCGGUAGUGAUAUUUGAGCUCAAGGCACCGAUCGCUUUCAAGAUGUGGAGAUCUUUCACCUUCCACUUUCUUCACGACAUAUGCACCCCAACUAUACAACAGAUGCCGAAUGCGACACAGUACAUGUUGCUCCCGCAUUAUGUGCCGCUCUCAUCCUAUCAUGUAGAGCAUCCCGGUCAACGUAUCACAUUAGCCUCCGCGACAAAACCCCCCGUGGCCUCACGCAAAUCCCUUCCAUGCACCGAAGGGGACAUCUUCGUCAACAAUAUCAAUAAUCUGCGUUUCCUCCUUUACGAUACGACCAGAGGUGUUUGGGCUUCCGGUCCUUUUCUACAGACUGAUAUAUCCGAUAUCUGUACCCACGUGUUGCCAAAAGGUCCAUAUCACGGACUCCAAUAUUACCUGUCGGGUACCCAACACACCUCCAACGAGGUCUUAGCCAACCAGGCUACUUGUCAUGCCGAGUUGACACUUCACGAAUUCAUCGCUUUUGGAAGCCUCCGGAGUGGCAGCCUCCUACAAUGGACCAACAUUCUCCGUGAAUUGCGAGCGCGCACACUCACACUUCGUGAUCCCGCGGUUCACUUGCUACUGCUCCAGGCUAGUUGGGAAGUAGGAAAGCUUGCAGCCGACGGGUCUAGGGCAUGGCACGAUGAACUGAAAGCCUCAGAAUUCGGGCACGCCCUUAUCGAUGAGCUCCAAAGCUUAAAAGGAAGCGUGGAAGCCAAUUGGCUGGAGGGCAUAACAAUGGCAACAAUCUCUGCCCUGGCAUACCGCCUUCUCUCAUCAGCAGAGGAUUUUAGUGUCAUCCAGCGAUCAUACAAGUUGCUGCGAGCUGUCCGAAAUACAACAUUUGAAUGGGUGCAAGAGCUAUCCAAAGCUCUCCAAGAAGCUCCAGACGAAAAGUCUAGUCGUGAAUGCCAAACCCGCGUUCGUGACAUGGCAGCAAUUUGUCUGAGCACCUAUGAUGCCGACCCGGACAACAUCGCAGAACUCCUCGAAUCGCCACAGGACUUGGAGAUCUUGGUGUACUGCUCUGUUACAGUGAGGGAUAACGUGCCUCUAGAUCUACAUGCUCUCCCGUCAAUUCCGAGGUUACUUCUCGAACGCAACCGUCGGUUGUCACACUUUCUGGAGAUAUAUUUCCGACGCCAUGUGGAAGAUGACCAAGAAGGUCUUGAUCAGGCUAUGAAGCAUCUCUGGCCUGCAUACCGACGCCACACGCGCUGGACAGUCCUUGGAUCUCCAAACGCUCGGUGGCUUGGAUGUGAAACGGCGCCUUCGGACGAUCCAUCUCGCCAAACCAUUCAUCUUAAUAUGUUGACGGCUCGCCUAUUGGUUGAUGGCAAACCAUUGACCAGACUGCCAGAUUACUUUCUGCGGCAUCCUAGCUACAUUGCACUCUUCGGUCAUCAAGUGUUUGAUGUUUUCCCCACAAAGAGUCCUGGCGGAGAAUUUGCUGCCAAGUCCAUUAUACACGGCUUUAAGAUAUCUUUUGGGAUGCGCAGCGACGCGGGGGACGUUGUUAUUCAGUCACAGCAUGAGGAUGGGCGCAUCUUUGAGUUGAUACCUCCGGAAAAACUUGAGCUGGACUUCCCCGCAUUACUAGUCAAUGAUCACGUGCAUUGGCUCAACCUAUGCACUCGUGCGAUCGAAUUUCGUCCAGCGGAGAAAAUGUGGGACCCAUCCGACAAGAACUGGAAGUUGCAAUUCGCGGAGGACGGGCAAUCAGUCGCACAGCAAGGCCAAACAACUCUACUUGACAUUCAUAGUCGUACUUUCCUCAUGAUAGCAAACACGCUGAGCCCACUCGAAAACAUCCGACACAUGGUUGCCACUUGCAGCGCGGACGUAGUCAAGGUCGAUCUCCCUCGGUUUGGACUCUCAUUCUUUAUAGACGGAGAUGGGGAGUUGCAUUCGUGCAAUCAGCCCGGCAUGGUUGUCGACGAAGAUCAGUCCGCUGGUACAAUGUUCGGAUUAGUUAACCAGCUCGUUUUGCGCCCCAAAGAUCGACAAACUUACGGCAACCGCUGCGUCAUCAUCCCACAAGGUGAUGUCAAAGUAGAGCCCAGAGGCCACCAUAUCCAGGUCACCGUCCAUCCCGAUCAUAAUCGUGUCCCCCUUCCCUAUCACUGUUACACCAUUGACAUGGAACUCUGCCGCCUGACGGGAAAUGUUGGUCUCAGGAAUAAACUUUACAAGGCGUACUUGCACGCCGUGUGCAGUGCCCAUGUUCCAGAUCCACUGACUAAACGCACCGGUUUGGAAGAAGCCAUGUACUUGUUACAAUCCGCCGCAUGCUAUUCCUUCAUGAAGCUGGAUACAUUCGACUGCGAGCUUCUAGCUCGGAUAGGCUCCUUGACCGUUGAUCGGGCAUGGCAUAUCACUGGCAGGAGCUCUCAGGUCCACUGGCAAUGUGGCGUAUCAUCUUAUGUCCAAAGCUGCGCAUUCUAUCAUGCUACCAGGAACAUAGUCAAAUACGCACAGAAGCUGCAGGUACUCAGCGAAACACCAGUUGAAGUUUGUCCCAACUUUCCCGCACGCGACGAGUCACUCCUGGAACGUGCCUCUCAGCGAUCCACCGUCCUUUACUCCCAUGAUCCAGUCAGUUCCUUCUAUCCAAGCGAAUCUUCGAGCAGUGCAUAUACUUCCAGGGAUGUUUUCCAUUGUUCGAUCGACGAUCAAAAAACCUUUGAUUGUGCACGUAUGGUGCGCGACUGGAGUGUCGCACUUGAGCCUUGUCAGGCGCUGUACGAUGUCUUCGUUCGGUGGAAUGAAAUUUCUGGCGAAAGACCCAGCGUAUCCCUUCUAUAUGACCAAGAGUGGUUGAAGCCUGACUGGGCUAAGAAGUGGAUGACCGUCUACGAACUUUGCCGCCACGCAGACCGGGAGACUCACACAUUCCAACUCGCUUUCACAUUGUCAGCCAUGGUUUACUCCUCCCCGGAGAAUGUGGGACUUGCCACAACCAUGUUCGCGUUUGCAGCCAUUCCCGAGUUCCGUGCAAUCCACUCCCCUGGAUAUGACACAUACGACCUUUCUUUUGGGAUAAAACCCCUUGAGCGGGAUAUCUGCAACCACAUCUCUUUCCAUACCACCUUCCACAAUAGUCCCGAGGCGUCCCUGUCUAGUCACUAUGGCGAGUCGGACUACGACUUGAGUAUUCGGCGACAAAAGUGCUUCCAAACCGAGUGUUUACGUGAACAGACAGCGGCAGUCGAUAUCCUUCUUCGCUGUUGGCCCAGCCGUUCUGUUCCGCCACACGCUCUGGAGUGUCUGAGCGGCUCCCGAUAUGACAAGUUCAACCUUAGUGCUGCCCUUGAAACACGAUACUCGAACUGCUAUCGCAACAGGGAUCUGAAGACAUAUCUGGAUCGUGUGCAGAAUGUACUUGAUAAAGUGAAGGAGACUUUGACGCCGUCCGUCACACAAUCAUACGCAUUCACUCCGAGCAAUUCAGAUGUUAUAUCAGUCACCACCGCGGUCUUUACCGAUCACUUAUUCAGAAGGCCUCCUCCCGUCAUCAAAUUACUUCCUGAUCCACUCAAGCAAAGUGUCGCUUUACUGAGCGACAAACCCUCUGGCGGCAGGCUUCAUUCAUCUCCACUCGAGGGCGUCAUUUCGAACUUUUCGCGAUGUCGAUCGGACCAUUUUGGUGUCCGCUAUGCUGAACAUCUAGAAGACAGCAGAGUUGAUCUAGAGAAAGAACGAUCGGCCAUCGCACCGGACCCAACCCGCUGGACAAUCAACAUGCUGCAACAUCAUCACAUGUGGUGCAAUAAGAUUUAUACAAAUGCUUUUCGCAAAUUGGAAGAGCAUCUAGCUCCUGUUGGUUUAGCGGAGGACAGUUUGUUCAAUUCUGGGCAAUGGCCGCGCGUUACUGUCACAUUUCUUCUCGGUUUUCUCGCCUCCACAUCAAAAAACCCUCUUUGCGACUCCUGGAAAGCCCCUUUGACCAGUUUCGUACUCAUUCUGCUUCGACUACAGAGAUCACAACGACUUCUGAAGUUGAAGUCGGCUGGCGGGGACAUUGAGGAGUUCCUGAAGGAGCUGGUGAAUGACGGUCACCUAGGAGUGGAUGGUACACGGGAAUAUGUGGACUGGCUUCUAAUUCAGGCAGAGAACCGAUUUCUUAUCCGUCCCAUGCAAGCCAGCGUUGCCAUCCAGAUGAUUUCCCCAAGCUCGCACAACAAUACCGCUCUGCAGCUUCAUAUGGGGGAGGGAAAGUCUUCCGUGAUCGUACCCAUAUGUUGCGCUGCACUGGCAGAUGGCAGCAAUAUGGUACGGGUGGUCGUGCUAAAGCCUUUGGCUGUGCAAAUGUUUCAGCUGCUCGUGGAACGGCUUGGCGGCCUUACCAAUAGGCGAAUUUUCUACCUGCCAUUCUCGCGUUCCUUGCCCAUUACUUCCAACCAUGCAAGCAUCAUCCAGUCGCUGUUCGAAGAGUGCAGAGCCGUUCGUGGUAUCCUUGUCGCUCAACCAGACCACAUUCUCUCUUUCAAGUUGAUGACUGUGGAACGGCAGCUUCCUCCCGCAAACACGGUUGGACAAUCCCCAACAGAACUGGCCAUGCCCCUGCUGAAUACUCAGCGGUGGCUUGAUAUGCACACUCGCGACAUACUAGACGAGAGUGAUGAACUGCUGCAUGUCCGCUUCCAACUCGUCUACACUAUGGGCGAUCAACAGCACUUGGAAGGUUAUCCUGAUCGAUGGACAACAACACAGCAGGUGAUGACCCUUGUGGCAAAUCAUGCUUCCCGCCUUCAUCAAGAACGUUCCCAUGGAGUAGAGUUCCAGCCAGGUGAUAUCGGAACCUUCUCGCCUUUCAGAGUUCUGGAUGUUCGCGCAGGCGAAAGGUUGGUCGAGCUGGUUUGUGACGACAUCCUUGCCGGUAGCCUUCCAAAUUUCGCAUUCGAACAUGUUCCAUCUCAUAUGAAAGGUUCCAUCCGCAUGUAUUUUACCCUCCCCACUAUCGGCCCGCAGCUCGUUCACGAUCUCCGGAACUAUUGCGCUGGGUCCAGUCUGUGGAAUGGACUACUGCUCAUUCGAGGACUCCUCGCACACGGCAUACUGGUAUACGCCCUGAAGGACCGGCGAUGGCGCGUAGAUUACGGUCUGGAUCCUCAACGCACGAUGCUCGCCGUGCCUUACCGUGCCAAGGAUGUCCCUUCAUCUCGGGCAGAAUUUGGACAUCCAGACAUUGCAGUCGCACUCACGUGUCUUUCGUACUACUACGAAGGCCUCACUGAGAAACAGGUGGCCCUCUGCUUCCGCCAGCUACUCAAGCAAGACAAUCCCGCAUUGGAAUACGAGACAUGGAUCAAGGGGUUGUCUUUGUAUUCGCUUCCAGACAACCUGCGACACCUCAGUGCAAUCAACAUGGAGUCUACUGAACAGUUCACCUCCUGUUUGGUACCUCUCUUCGGGCGCAACAAGGCUGUUGUAGACUUCUUUUUGGCUCAAUUCGUCUUCCCCAAAAAAGCGAAGGAGUUUCCUCACAAGUUAUCUUGUUCUGCCUGGGACCUUGCAGAGCGCAAGUCUUCUGGUUUGCCUACUACGGGCUUCAGUGGAACAAACGAUUUUCGCUACUUGCUACCUACCACCAUAACGCAAGAUGUACUAGCCCACCAGCGCGGUACGAACGCCAGAGUUCUCAGUCACCUUUUGCAGGAAGAGAAUGAUCAUUAUGGCUCGCAUGCAGCCGGUGGGAGUGCUGAAGAGCUUCUUAAUGUCAUUGCGAGGCAGUCGCCGGAAAUACGUGUCUUGCUCGACGUGGGUGCACAAGUGCUUGACUUGCAGAAUGACGGAGUGGCGAAGAGGUGGCUAGAAAUCAACGAAGAUGUUCAGGCAGCGAUUUAUUUCAACAAGCACGAUGAGCUUGUAGUGCGCACCCGGGAUCACGUCAUAGAACCAUUCUCCGCAUCUUCCUUUGCUCAGCGACUGGACCAGUGUGUAUUGUAUUUGGAUGAUGAACACACCAGAGGAACGGACGUCAAGCUACCUCGGGGAUUCCGUGCAGCCGUUACAUUAGGGCCAAAGGUCACCAAGGAUCGUCUUGUCCAAGGCUGCAUGCGCAUGAGAAAACUCGGUCACGGUCACUCAGUGAUGUUUUUUGCACCUCCAGAAAUAGAUCGCAGCAUCCGAGACGUGAAUAGGAAGAACGAUGAUGAGGACAUUCAUGCGUCGGAUAUCCUCGUAUGGGCGAUGAAUGAGACGUGCUCGGACAUUCAACAUCGUGCUCCACAAUGGCUUCAGCAUGGGGUGGAUUACCGGUCUCGUCACAGUGCAUGGUCGUCGUUCUUAUCUGAAGAUAUUACGCCCACCGAACUCGCCAGUUCGUGGCUUCAGCCAGAGGCGAAGAGCUUGGAACAGCUAUACGCUUCAGUUCUGACGGACAUAGCUGCUCCACAGACAUCGCCAGACGACGAACUUCUGGAGAGAUACAACAGCCUUGGGUUGGGCAAUUUGCUUGAUAACCGCUUGGAUGAAGAGCAGGAGAGAGAAAUGGUACAUGAGAUUGAGCGCGAGCGCGAGGUGGAGAGACCGCCACAAGUUCCGGCUGCUACCCAUAGCAUUGACGAAGACGUCCGGUGCUUCAUCCGAACAGGCCGCAUUCCGGAUGGAUCUCGUGCGUUCACAGCCGUUUUCGACACUCUCACCACGACUUCCGCUGCUUUUUCGGGGCAUCAGCCGUGGUCGCGAGAGGUGUUUGCCUCAAGGGAUUUUGCCACAACAGUUGUGACCACAGACCAAACGGACCACUACGCCCGCCCAGUCAACUGGAUUCUUUCGAGCACGGUAUCUCGCGCCCAGGUGCUAGUCAUUGUCAGCCCCUUCGAGGUCAAUGUUUUAUUACCUGACAUUCGGGCAAGUAAGCAAGUUCACUUGCACGCUUAUACACCUCGUGUCAUCAAGAUGAUGAACCAGCUCAACGUCUUUGCUGGCCAACUGUACUUUCCUCAACUACGCGCAUAUACGAAGCUGUGUCGCUUGUUAGGGAUUUACACUGCAGAUCUGAAGCUUCUUUGUCACCUACCAAGUGGCACCCCGAAGUAGGACCCCGGAUCAAAAACUCAACAACACGCCCGACGGCGUCAACGCCGUCAACGACGACCAAACCAAACCCAGUAUCAGCCCCGAAUAGAACUCAUAUAUACAUAAACUAGUCCACCCAAGAAAAUACCUAGAAAACAACACAAAAACGAAAAACUCAACUACAAAAUGUCCACAACAGGUCAAGACGACACCGCACCUACGCGGUCCAGUCAACGCAACAAAGAGAACAUGCUACUUAGACCAACUAACAGAUCACUUCCCAACUUAAUUAGUAAUCCGACGCCCCCGUCGAAGGUAACAGACGCAGCUACAGCAAGAGCCGAACUAGUCAGCAAAGGAAUGCUUAUACCAGCAGCAGGAGCAACAGUAGAGGACCUUGCUGUAGCAAUUUUCGAAUUCACGAUAAGCGCCCCAGGAGUCACCCAACUCCAACGAGAAAUUCUGAGGGCCAUAGCAAUCCUAC